CUGUUGAAGGGUUGAAAGGGAUGAAGCAAGAUCCAAGAAGCUUUGAGUUACAUCUGGAAUACAUAAAUGCUUUACCUAGUGGUCAGGAAACAGAUUUCAUCUUGGUAUCUUGUACAGUUUCAGGAAUAAAGACCUCGAGAAAGGACCAUGUCUUGAGAGCUAAGAAGGAACUGCAGAACCAUAUGAUCUUAAUGGAACUUACUCUGAAGUCCAUUUUAGCCACUUCGCAAAAAGAUAAAGAAGAAAUCCUCCGGGAGAUUCAAAGCAUUACCACUGAGGAGGUGAUUGAAGACGAAGUUCUGAGGAAGCUGCAGAAUAGACUUACCCUAGCUUGACAUAGUCUAGCCUAACCUACUUUUUUCCUUUGCUCAUGGUGUUCUUUAGUUGAUGUUUUGUUAUUUAUUUUAUAUUUUUAUUUCAAUUUGUAAUUUUUCAAUUAGAAAUGGGAAUGAAACUUUUCUUUUCAUGGAACAUAUUUUGUGCAAUGAAACUGUGUCUA